AUGAAGUCACUGUCUCUGCUGUGGACUGUCGUCGUCUUUGCGGCUGUGGCUACGGCGUGGGUCACGGGUGUACAGGCCUGGGCCCCACCGCCAUCGAGUUUCCGGGCGCCGCCCGACACGGUAGACCCACUGCAAUCUCGCCGUGUCUUUGGCAGUGUUCUAGCGUUGGCGUGGACCAUACCUACCACCGCUGCUGCUAAAGAUGUCGACUCUUCGGUCAAGGGCACCAAGAAAGAUCCCACAUACGAGGCAUGUUUGAGCAAGUGUGUCUACGAAUGCACCAAACCCAAAGGCACGGAACAGAAAUCGAGAGCCGUGUGCUUGCCCGAAUGCAAACAAACUUGCGCUACCAACAAGGAACAACUCAUGCUCGGACAGCCACUCAAAAAGGAAUAG